UCACGUCAAAUAAUUAUUAUAUCGUAGACAGUAACAAUACAAUCAGACAACGCGAAGCACGUGCGUGAUAAUAACCGUAUUAAAAUGAGUUUUAUAAAUAAAGUAGUUCUAGUGACUGGCGCCGGUUCCGGCAUAGGAGAAGCUAUAUGUUUACAUUUUGCCAAAUUAUCCGCAAGACUGUCACUCGUUGACAAAGACGCAGGAAAUUUAAAGAAAACAGCGGAAAUUUGCGAAAAACUAAGCCGAGCUAAAGUUCUCACGACGGUUGCUGAUUUACGUAUAGACACGCAAGUCAAAGAAGCAGUGGAAAACACCAAGAAACAAUUUGGCAAGAUUGAUGUUGUAAUUAAUUGUGCUGGGAUUUACAAACCUGCCAGUAUAUUUGAUGCCAACUUGAUUGAAGUAUACGAUGACAUAUUAUCAAGUAAUUUGAGAUCCAUAGUUUCCAUGACUAAUUGUGUCGCCGAAGAACUAGCCAAGACCAAUGGCAAUAUUAUAAAUGUUUCAAGUGUAUCAGGAGCCUUUAAAUGUGCUUUAUAUAAAGCGUCCGCUGGUGCCCUGGAUCACUUUACUGCAUCUGUGGCAUUGGAGUUGGCUUCCAAAGGGGUUCGCAUUAAUUCUAUUGCACCGGGUGUUGUUAAGACAAGUAUACUGGCAAACGCCGGUGUUGACCAAGAAGAAAGAGAAGCAUUAUGGAAUGAAGCCUCUUCCUCUCCUUUGAAUAAACUGGUGAAAACUGAAGAUGUAGUUGAGUUGGCUGCGUUUUUAGCCAGUGACAAAGCUAAAGCCAUGACUGGUUGCACCUACCCAGUUGAUGCCGGAUUAGCUUUAGCAUAAAGUAUUCUAAUAUUAUUGAGUUCAAGUUAAGUGUAAUGCUACUGCUAGAAACAUGAUAACGAUAGUGGCCUUGGAAUAUACAAUCAAUGAUCGUGGUGCGAUUACAAUUACUUAUCAGCAAGCAGAUAGAGCAAUAGCUAUUACUAGAGAUAACGCCAUAAUAUUAUUCUAAUUAACAAAUUUAGCACUAAAGAAAGAAAUGGAAAUUAAAAUGUUAACACUUAUGGCCUACAGCUUCACUCAAUUUGAGAAUAACAAAGGUAUAAGUAAAACGAUACCUCCAUUUAAAUGGUGCGGUUAUUGAAUAAAAACACAAUGUAAAAACGAAUCGUUGGGUCCAACGUUGCUGCUUAUGAGAUUUUUUAUGAAGCGUGAAAUGCAGGUAUAUAAAUUAUGGAAUUCAAAUAAAUGGUUUUGUGAUA